CCUGUUGUAUCAUUACAUUGUACCACCAUUAAAUUAUCUAUUUGUAUAUUAUCUCUUUAAACUUUAAUUUUAAUUUUUAUUACUGUAUUUUAAAUCUCUGUAAAAAUGUUAAUCGACGCUUUAACCAACUUAUCUGGCUUCAACAAAUCAUCAGGCAAAGGCUCAUCAAGCACCACUACUCGUAAAGCUGAUACCCUAUACCUUGCUACUUCUUCAACUAAUAAAACCACUGAAGAUCCAACCAAUUACCCACCACCAAGAUUCCCAUUAUAAAUUUAUUUUAUAA